AUGCUCGCAGUCAUCGUUGAAAACGACACAUCGCAAUGGCAAGACGAAACCGGUGCUGUCUACCACUUCCCUAAGCGGUACCAAGCCUGGCUUGCCGAAGGAACCGAAGUGAUCUAUUACAAAGGACGCAUCAAGGAUAAAACCUUUGCUUCUAUCCGCCUCAGCGCCGAUCCGCAUUAUUUUGGCAUGGCACGCAUCGGGAAGGUCUACGCAGACCGGAGGAGUGAUAAGGGUGACCUUUUUGCUUUGAUCGAAAACUUCACUCCGUUUGAAGGCGCUAUCCCCUCGAAAAUUAACGGAGUGUACCUAGAGACGGUCCCCGCUACUCGAGUGACCAACUAUUGGCGUGACGGGGUUCGGUCCAUUUCCCAACUGGAUUACGAUGCAAUCCUAAGUCAUGCGAAGCGCCUUUCUCCCCAGGCUGAUCAGGUCGCACCAAAUUUCGAAGGCGAUCCAUUGACCUUUGAAUCGGCCAAUGAAGGCAGCAAAUUAAGUUACUUUGGAACCCGCUACGAGCGCCGGAAAGAUCUGAGGGUGAAGGCCAUUGCUAUCCACGGCCUUGACUGCAAGGCAUGUGGCUUUGAUUUCGAACAGGCGUACGGCGAGCACGCGAAGGGGUUCAUUCACGUUCACCAUAUAGUGCCGAUUUCGGACUUUGGUGGUGAGAAAGCCGUGAAUCCUGAGACUGACCUCGUUACGUUGUGCGCGAACUGUCACGCAGUGGUCCAUCGCAAGCGGCAUAUGACUCUGAGCGUUGAUGAGCUGAAAGGAAUGUUGCGCGGGCGAUGGGUAAUCGAGCCU